GCUAAGCCCAGGGGUUUUAUCCGAAACGAAGCAAAACAAAAAGAGAGAAACACCAAAAUUGAACUUUGUCUGCUCCAGUCGACGAUGGUUAUCCCGUCGACGGCCAUGUCUGCUCCAUCAUCCCUUUUGUCUUCUUACAGAUUCAGACUCAACCCUCUCUUCUUCUCCAAGACGCGACGUCGUCUUACCUCUCGCCUCUUCUUCAAUGUUGCCGCUUCUUCUGCCGCUGCCAAUGGCGUUUUUACUUCUCCCGAGAUUGCGAAAUCCUUCGAUUUUACUCAAGAGGAACGGAUUUACAAUUGGUGGGAGUCUCAAGGUUAUUUUCGACCAAACUUUGAUCGUGGAAGCGAAACAUUUGUUAUUUCAAUGCCACCCCCAAACGUUACCGGUUCACUGCAUAUGGGCCACGCAAUGUUUGUGACACUUGAGGAUAUUAUGGUUAGAUAUCAUCGUAUGAAGGGAAGACCCACACUAUGGAUUCCAGGGACAGACCAUGCUGGUAUUGCAACUCAGGUGCCUACUGAAUAUAUAUAUAUAUCCGAAGGGAUAAAAAGGGUUGAAUUGAGUAGAGAUGAGUUCACAAAAAGAGUCUGGGAGUGGAAAGAAAAGUAUGGUGGGACAAUCAUAAAUCAGAUCAAAAGACUUGGUGCUUCUUGUGAUUGGAAUAGAGAGCACUUCACCCUUGAUGAACAGCUAAGUCGAGCUGUAAUUGAGGCCUUUGUCAGGCUUCAUGAUAAAGGUCUAAUCUAUCAAGGGUCUUACUUGGUGAACUGGUCUCCUAGUCUACAAACCGCAGUUUCAGAUUUGGAAGUAGAAUAUCAUGAAGAAUCGGGUACUCUUUAUUAUAUUAAGUAUCGCGUUGCUGGAGGCUCAAGUAGCGAUUUCCUGACAAUAGCAACAACACGUCCAGAGACUCUAUUUGGUGAUGUAGCCAUCGCAGUGAAUCCUCAGGAUGAUCGAUAUUCCAAGUACAUUGGUAAGAUGGCUAUUGUACCUAUGACGUACGGUCGUCACGUCCCUAUAAUUGCUGAUAAGCUUGUUGAUAAAGAUUUUGGGACUGGUGUCUUGAAGAUAAGCCCUGGACACGAUCACAAUGAUUAUUAUCUUGCUAGAAAGCUUGGUCUCCCAAUACUUAAUGUGAUGAACAAAGAUGGGACGCUUAACAAUGUUGCUGGACUGUACAGCGGACUUGAUCGGUUUGAUGCUCGGAAGAAACUAUGGGCUGAUCUAGAGGAGACUGGUUUAGUUGUAAAAAAGGAGCCACACACCUUAAGAGUGCCCAGAUCCCAGCGUGGUGGAGAAGUAAUUGAGCCACUAGUAAGCAAGCAAUGGUUUGUGACCAUGGAGCCCCUAGCGGAGAAAGCUCUUCAAGCUGUAGGACAAGGAGAUUUGAAAAUCCUCCCUGAAAGGUUUGAAAAGAUUUACAAUCACUGGCUAUCAAAUAUCAAGGAUUGGUGCAUAAGUAGACAAUUAUGGUGGGGACAUCGUAUACCAGUUUGGUACAUUGAGGGCAAAGACAACGAAGAAGAAUAUAUAGUUGCUAGAAGUGCUGUUGAAGCUCUUAAGAAAGCGCAGGAGAAAUAUGGGAAAGGUGUACAAAUUUAUCAGGAUCCAGAUGUCCUAGACACUUGGUUUUCAAGUGCACUAUGGCCAUUUAGUACUCUUGGUUGGCCAGACGUUUCAUCGGAAGAUUUUAAGCAGUUUUAUCCAACAACAAUGCUUGAAACUGGGCACGACAUAUUGUUCUUUUGGGUUGCGAGGAUGGUCAUGAUGGGAAUUGAGUUCACUGGCACAGUUCCAUUUUCAUACGUUUACCUACAUGGUCUUAUCCGCGAUUCACAAGGAAGGAAAAUGUCUAAAACAUUAGGGAAUGUUAUAGAUCCACUAGAUACGAUCAAGGAAUUCGGCACAGAUGCUUUACGAUUCACACUUGCUUUGGGAACUGCUGGUCAGGACCUUAAUUUAUCCACGGAGAGAUUGACCGCCAACAAAGCAUUCACGAAUAAAUUAUGGAAUGCUGGAAAAUUUGUGUUACAGAACUUGCCUAGUCAGGAUGAGGUGGCAAUUUGGGAAAAUAUAAAUUCUUUCCAUUUUGACACAAAGGAGUCUCUUCACAUGCUGCCUUUACCAGAAUGUUGGGUGAUCUCAAAACUUCACUUACUCAUUGAUGCGGUCACUGCAAGCUAUGAUAAAUUUUUCUUCGGAGAUGUAGGAAGAGAGAUGUAUGAUUUCUUUUGGGCUGAUUUUGCUGAUUGGUAUAUUGAGGCAAGUAAAGCUCGUCUUUACCACUCUGGUGGUUAUUCAGUAGCAUCUGUAUCACAGGCAGUUCUAUUUUAUGUUUUCCAAAACAUACUUAAACUGUUACAUCCUUUCAUGCCAUUUGUGACUGAGGAGCUGUGGCAGGCACUUCCGAACAGACAAGAAGCUCUUAUAGUAUCUCCGUGGCCACAGACUUCACUUCCAAGGGAUGGGAACUCCAUAAAAAAGUUCGAAAAUUUACAAGCAUUGACUAGAGCCAUUCGGAAUGCUCGAGCAGAAUAUUCUGUUGAGCCAGCAAAGCGUAUAUCAGCAUCAGUAGUUGCAAAUGAUGAAGUCAUUCAAUACGUAUCUAAAGAAAAGGAGGUUCUAGCGCUUCUAUCCCGGCUAGAUUUACAGAACGUGCAUUUCACAAAUUCCCCUCCAGGGAAUGCGGAUCAAUCAGUCCACCUAGUAGCUGGUGAAGGACUGGAAGCGUAUCUUCCUCUUGCUGACAUGGUUGAUAUUACUGCCGAAGUUGAGCGGCUUACUAAGCGCCUUUCCAAGAUGCAAACAGAAUAUCAGGGACUUGCUUCACGUCUCAGUUCUCCUAAAUUUGUAGAGAAAGCUCCCGAGGAUAUCGUUCGUGGUGUCCAAGAAAAAGCAGCUGAAACAGAAGAGAAGAUUACUCUCACCAAAAACCGCCUAGCUUUACUCAAGUCCUCUGCUCUUGUUACUGAAUAGGCUCCAUCCAGUCAGGAUAUGCCUCAUCCCAGAUCAAUGGCUUCUGCAUUUUGGAGGACUGGUGGUACAUCAGUUUCCGCUCGUCUAGGAGAAUGAAGUGUUUUAGUGAAAACUCCUGCCCUCGGUCGAGCAUAUGGCAACAUGGAAAGAGUAAAAAAGCCACAGGUAGAUUAGCUAGCUUUUGAUAGGCGCUCUAUAAUACUACUCACUUUGUCUUCACUCUGUCAUUAUUACUAUUCUCGUUGUCUAUUAUUGCAGUCUAAUAAUCCAUUGACACAGAGUAAUUUAUAAAAUUAAGCUUCAUGCUGUUAGCUCCACUUUUUGUCGAGUGUGGAGCUGAAUUAGUCCUUCAGAUUUAUUUCUUUUGUUAGUCAUAGUCAUAAAUACA